GAAAGAUCUCUUAUUGGAAAUAUGCAUGGUCUGAUUCAUUUGGCUGAUGAUGUUCAGUAUAUGAAUUGUCCAAUGUCAAAAAUCACUGCUUAUCCGUUUGAAAACACAUUGGGAAAAAUGAAAAAAUUGUUGCGGCAUGGAAAAAACCCUCUCGCUCAAUUGUGUCGCCGCUUGAAUGAAAUUUCCAAGUACCAAAAAAAGCCAGAAAAACCUAAAACGGUGCAAAUAUUACGACAAUUACGCCCGAACAAUUUAGGUGAAGUAAAUGUGAAACGGGUACAAUUCAAAAACUCAAUCAUCACGGACAAAUACCCAAACAACACAGUUUUAUUGGCAAACGAUCGUGUUUUCCAAAUUGGACGUAUAUACAUUCCCGUGGAUGGAAAUGUUAAUUCUCUUAUGAUAGAAGGAGAAUUCAUGCGUAAAAAGAACUCAGUUUAUGAACAACCGUGCAGCUCGGAAAUAUUCAAAAUGUGGCGAAUUUCGAGAAAAAAAAAUGGUAAUGCUGCAGUACUUUACCUCAACGAAGUUCAACGAAAAAUGGUGCACGUCUGUAUUGACAACGUAAAUGAAACAAAAAUGUACGUUAUGCCUUUGCUUCAUUAACGCGAUUAAACUUCCGUUGUUUCACAGAAUGCAUUGAAGUGAUAAAUAUGUUACGAAAAAAAAACAUUAAAAAAAAUCCAUAACCGUACUAAACACUGUUUUUUCGAUCGAUUAUUGUGGGUUCUAGAUUUGUGAAAGAAAAUAAUGUUGGAGAAAAAAAAAUUACUUUAGUGACCAUGUUGAUAAACAACUGCUUGUAGAGCAGUGUUGUUACACCAGCGCCACCGUAGCAUCGCAACGCACGCGCCGCGCGCCUGUUUACCGCGUUUUCUAUACGGGUUCCCGCGUUUUUGGCAGGUAUUCCCACGUUUUUGCCGCGUGCUCGCGUGUUUCGUACAUCGUUUCAUUUACACGUGCGGGUAACACUCGGGUUAUUGAUAGUGGUUAUUUUAAUUUGCGGUGUUAAUUGUGCGGUGUAAAAACAAAAAAAUAACAAAAAGUGUUACAAAUAAAUAUCAGCCACGUGUUUCGUCAUUCGAAUUGUUUCUCGUUUUUCUCGUCAUUAAGAAAAAAAACUGAAAGAGUGACACGAUGGAAUAUAAAUAUAGGUUAGUGAUGUUCAUAAGUGAUAAAAAAGAAAAGGAAAUCGAUAUUGUUCCUACGUCGUGGCUCGAAAAUGAUGAAGCUACAGACACAUUGUUGUGCAAAUUUAUGCCGCAACCGUAUACGAAAAAAACAAUAUCCAUUCUACACAAAAUGUUAAAAAACUGUGAAAAACCACUAGACGAGUGGCCCAGUUUUCCGGUGGAUCUCCGAGGAAGAGCUUCUACUUAUGAAGAAGCAGAAGAAAAAGCACUUUUACUGGAACAGAAACCGUAUGCUUACUCAACAGAUAGUGAGAAAAAUGCGAAGAAAAAAGCAAUUCAGGAUAAAAAAAGUUUUAAAUUCAAAUCUCUUCCAUUGAAAGAUAGUUUGGUUUUGGAAAAACUGAGUGACAUAAGCUUCGACCUCAAUGAUAAUUUGAUGCCCAUCGAAGUAUUGGAGAAAGAAAAAAGUAAAAAUGUAACUCAAGCAACGAAAACUGAAAUUCCAAGGAAAAAACCAUCUCGACAAAAGCUUUCCGAUCCUGUGGAAAGUUCUGAGAAAGAAUCUAGCGACAAUACUUCAUUAGAGAGUUUGAACAAUUCUUCUAUCGCAUCACCAAUAAAGCAAAAUUCUCAAAAAAGUUCAGGAAAAUUUGUCGCUAUUAAAAAAAAAGAUAUACUCUCUGCGAGCACCAGCAAGCAUUCCGAGGGCUUGAAUUCCUUUCAAACUGAUAUACAUCCUCAAAAAUGUUCAACAGCCUUUGGGAAUGCCAAGAAAAAUUUACCUUCGACUAGUACUAAUCAGUGUUUCGAAGAUCGGCUGUUCAAAUUCUUUGGGGAAAAGCUGAAUUCAUUGAAUUAUAAGAUUGGCCAAAUCCAAGGACAAAUACUUGACCUGUCAGCGGCUUUAAAUUCCAUUCAAAACUCUAUCCAGACAAUCAAACCAACAAAUGAUGAUAUUAUUGAUUGGAAUAAAAACUUCACUGAAGAGGUUCUUGAUUUCUCACUUCCAUGUCGAAAUCAUGAUGAAUUCAAUAAACUCAAUGAAGAGAUAGCAACGAGUGAGCAGUUUCGGAAAAAAUUGAUACGUCAAAUACUAUUGUCUAUUAAUAAGAAAACUGGCCUGCGGAGAAACAUGGGUCAAAUAAUUCGAAAAUACAUGUCACGCGAUUUAGCUCUUUCGUUCACAACAUCGAAAGCAGUAACUGGCAAACAUGUGUUCAGCGAAUCCAAACUAUACUUGUGUCUUAAAGAUGCAGUUUCAUCAGUUUUCAAAGAGGAAGAUGGUGCGAAUUUAACAGAACCAACAUUUAAAGAAUCUGUUCGAAUCGUUUUUAACAACGCUAAGGAUUGGGACGGCCAAGGAAAUAUUCGAAAAAAAAAUGCGCAAAAAACUUGAACGUCACAUUAAAAUAUCACGAAAGAUUUAAACUGUAAGUUUCCAAUUGUAUUGUUCUUUUUGUCAAAAAAAAAUUGGGUUGUAUUAAUAUAUAAAAUUUAAAGAAAGGAGUUAAGGAUAUUAUUCUCUUACUUCUUUUUUUUACAACUUGGUAAUUUGGUUCAAAUUUUUCUUGCCCGUGCAUACAU